AAACAUCUGGUUCCGCUUUCAGUUCCCAUACCUCAUCCAUUACAUCCCUGUUUACGUUAAUCGAAUAAAUUAAACAAUAUCAGCUAACCUCACUUGCCGGUACUUUCUCGCCACCUGUAGCGUCGUCUUUUAUCGAGAAAAACCUACCUACCUUUGUGAUUUGCCGACGCCAAAACGAAUCGUCUCGGUAAAUUGAAACCGUGUUCGAAUGGACCAAUAGAGAGCCCAUUCACGUUUUAACGGUGGACGGGUCAGGACGCGCGCGGUAUCUGGCUGAAGUGGCUGAUCUUGAUCGUAAUUUUAAUAUUUUUUUAAUUUAGAACGAAUGGAGAAGAAUGUCUUUAGUGAUUAUGGUACUGGCAGCGGCAGUUCGGCAAGAUCGUCAUGGGCGAGCUUGGAUUCGUGGCCUUCCGCAGCUCUGAAACAAACGCAGUUGGGUAUUGCGGACAAACAGCGCCAGUAUCAAUCCGCAGAUCUGCUAGAUUUGAUGGUGCAAAGAAGCACGCUGCAAGAAAUGAUGAGCGAAUUCAAAAUGAACGGGUACGACAGUCCGUACAACCCCGAUGAAGAUAAAAGAUCCAACCCGCCAGGAGACCAUAUUGGCAUGGGUCCAUCGAGCGUAUACCUGCGACAGAAGUCUUGGCCCGAACCAGAGGCUACGCCCGUGCAGCGCUUGCCGCGUCCCAGGUCUGAGUGGAUCCACUCUACAACCACGCCCGAUCUCAUAAAGCCUCCAAUUUUUUUUAAUGAUGACGUCGGCAAGGCUCCUUCGAAUUGGUACCUGCGGGAGAAGUGGUCUGAGCAAGAAAUGAUGACGUCACAGCAGGUGCCACGUCCAAAGUCGGAAUGGAUUAAAUCCACCACUGCGCCAGAUAUUACACAGGCUAACAAAUUCUUCGAUGACCUGGACCUGGCAUUGCCUGUGAAACAGCUGGAAACUAUUUCGGCGGAGCAAGUGCGAGUGCUGAACUCGCUGCCGAACGCCGUGUUGUACGGACUGCUCCGGGACCUAGAGCAGAAAAGGAACGAGACAGCCAGGAACAAACGAGUACCAGAUCAGGAAUGCCGAUUCUGCAAGAACAACGGCGAACGUGAAUCGUACUACCGCUCGCACGUCCUGAAGGACUCUGGCGGGCGCGUGACGUGCCCCGUGCUGCGCAAGUUCGUGUGCAAGCGCUGCGGCGCGCGCGGCGACCACGCGCACACCGUCAAGUACUGCCCGCUCAGCACGGAAGAGGAACGCGUAAAAUCUACAGCCAUGAUGCGCAGCGUGCGGUUGGCAUCGGGGCGCCGCCGUGGGCAGAUGGAGCCCGCGGGUGACUACGUCAUGUUCGGCGAGACCACGCCCUCCUUCCUGCGCGACUACCGCUCCUGCGCCCCGCUUGAUCCCGUGUGGGCCGAAUUAGAGCAAAAGUUGACUUUAUAAAGAUAUCAGUAGAUUAGGUGACCCGGUUCUGCCUGGAGCCUGAAACGAGUUGAUUUAUACCACUAAAUUACUUUUUGCCAGUGCGGCCACUUCUCCUUACUAAAUGUUUUGAGAUGUAACCGUAUUGUAGGCACUAAAAAUAUUGUACUUAAUAACACAAUCAUGAAAAACGGUGCCAUCUUAGCUGCUACAAUGUAUAUGCACUACUAAAGCUGGCCAUACACACUGGGCUAUGCCUGCGCAGUUUUAUCAACUGCACAGGUAAAACGAAGCGUGUAUGGCAUUCGACUGUGCAGUUUCCUAUACAGCUUUACCUGUGCAGUUGAACUGUACAGGCAAAACUGCGCAGGCAUACCCUGGUAUGUGUGGCUAACUUAAAGCAAUUGCAAUGCAUAAGUACUUAUAAAAGUAGGCUCACUGCUUUUUAUCUUCAACUAAAGUUGAUUAUGUGCACAUUGUGCACUGGCCAGACUUACCACACUGGCUUACUAGUUACUAGGUACGUACAUUGAUACUCAGAUUUUAUUGCUACAAGUUAUUUUAGAUUUAUGUAGACUUGUUAGAAACCAUAUAAAGUGGUAUGUAGUAUCAUCUAAAUUUAACUGUUGAUUAGGAGUUUCUGUUGAAUUAAACUAGAUGUAAUGUUAGUAUUAUAUGUGAUACAAAGUCUGAUAAAGAUGGAGUAUGGAGGUAUAAGUGUAUUAAUUAUGUUGCUUGGCUUAUGCCAAAAUUUAAUAUUUUAUGUGUCACAUCAUUUAUAACUAAUAUAAGAUAAUUCUCGGAUCCGUUUAUAAAGUGACAUUUAAUGUUAUAAUUAUUUAGAACGUUGAUUAGUUUUAAAUGAAGACAAAAUAAUAUAAGAUUAACUUAGUGUAAGGUUAGGCACUCAUCUCAUCUCUUACGUCCCCAAUAACGAAAAUAAUGAGCAGACAUCACUUUAAUACCUAAUUAAAUAAAUAUUUUAUAGAGGGUACAUGCACAUAGCCCUGAAAUGGCGAAAUAUAAUCAAUUUUCUUAUACACUAACAAACAAGAAACAAUUUUGUUAUAUAUUUAAGGCAACAUAUUUUUUUAAUAUAUCAUGUUUCAAUAUUGUAUUGACAGCAAUAUAUUUCGAAAUCAAAUCUGUUGUUUUAAAUGAAAAGUAUACAUUUCAUAUAGUUUAUUUUAUUACCACGAUAGAAUCUUGAGGCGUUUCAUUAUGCUAGUAAAUGUAUUUUUACCAAAUAGUUACCAGUAUAAGUAUUACCUAGUUGAGGAAUGAUGUACCGGAAAUGUAAUUUAUCAAUUAGGGUCCGAAGCAAGCUCGGUUCCCCUUACAAACGUAGUUACGCUUUCAUUUUAAAACGACUAGUUAGAUUGCUCUGAAACAUUUUACUUACAAUAGGAUAAGGAGUAUAUAGAUACUCCUUAUCUCCUUAAAAUAGUUUAUGUAGCUUCAGAUACCAUAGUUAAAAAAAUAUAGCGAAUUUAAAUUUUUAUACAAAACUUGUAUUUGCUCUAUUUCGUUUGUUGUAUAAGCUGGAGCUAUGUAAAUUAAUUACAGGCAUAGAUAUACCUCAUGUCAUUGUAUUUGUAAAGUUAAUUUCAUUACAAUUCAACACGUAGUUUUAAAAUAACAACGAAACUCCGUUUGUAUCGGAAGGUGAAAUUCGGCCGAGCUUGCUGCGGACUCUUAAGUAUGCAGUUACCGCGUGUAUUGGAAAAAAACAGUAAUUUUUGUUAGAAUUGCAGAGUUUAUUUGUUCACAACAUUUGUUACGUAACUACCUAUUUAAUAAAGUUGUUAAUGCGUUUGCAAUUUCUUAUACAAAUGUUUCUAUCUUGUUGAUUAAUUAUGGUUAAUCAUUUGCCACAUCAGUGAAAUACUAUAUUUUUGAUAAUGGUGUUGGUGUCUUUAUGGGUCCAAUAAAUCAUAAGAAAAAUGGG